AUGUCUGCCCCAGGUCCUCUUUUCAUCAUUGGCACCGGUCCCAUGAUCGGAUCUCACAUCCCCCGUCUUUUCGCGACCCAUACCUUCACACAUAUUGCGCUCUUCGCGCGCUCCCCAUCAACUCUAUCCUCAUCCCGCGAAUUCAUUAGCGCUGCAGCCCCAUCAGCUUCCAUCCAUACCUACACAGCCGAUGUCAUCGACACCGCCGGUCUAACAUCCGCACUGCAAAAAGCCGUGACAGAAGUCGGGUCCCCAGAAGUAGUCAUCUACAACGCCGCUCGAGUCAGCUACGGAAAUUUCGGCGAAUAUAAAGAGGAGGAUAUUGUAGAGGAUUUCAAGAUUCCAAAUUUGGGUCUUUAUACUACGGCCAAGGUGCUGCUUCCUGGCUUACAAGCAUUGGCCAAGGAAAAACCAGAGUCUCAUCCUUCGCUUUUUGUUACGUCGUCACCGAUUAUUUAUCAACCUUUUGCGCCGGUAUUCUCUUUGAGUAUGGCGAAGGCUGCUCAGGCCAAUUUGGUCAAGUUGUUGAUUGAGCAGACGAAGGAUGAAGUGCAUGUUGCACUUGUCACGAUUGGGGGUCCAGUUAGUGAACAAGAGGAGGUUAAUAACCCAAAGCAUAUUGCGACCAAAUUUUGGGAGUUGUGGGAGCAAAAGAAGGGUAGUAGGGCGGUUGAACUGUUUGUCCAGUAG